UGAUAAUCUAAAAAUCUCCACUUCGUUAAAAAGUAUGUAUUCUGCAGUAAAACCAAGUGUGCUGUCUUCAAUUUCAACUUCGAAUUCAUUUCCUCUUGAAACAGAACAAAAUUUUAAUGAAGAGGAGAAAUAUAUGCCACUUUUGACGUCCCAUCAACAUUUUGUGAGAUCAGAUAUUGAGAAGGAUGAAGAAGAAGAUACUAGAAACAUUCAUAAGGACACAAUAGUUGUUAAUACAAAUUUGUAUAUAUUAAUAAAAGAUGCUGGUGCUGUUGAUAAAAAGUGGCAAAAUAUAGAUCGUAAAGAGCUUAUUAUCUGGAUAGCUCUAGUUAUCUAUUAA